UCAUUGGGUCACACUUUCUGUCACUGACAUCAUCAAAACAACAAAUAAAAAUCCUGUGAAUGACGAAAUGUUUUAGUAAAUAAAUAAAUAGUUAAAUGGUUUACGUAAAUCGUGACGGAACGGUUUCCCAAAGUCGUCCCUGGAGUCUCAACCGGCUCUGGGAGAUGAUUAUGGGAUUCUUCACCGGAGUUUAUCUCUUUUUCGCAACAUUAUUCUCGGAUUUGGUGCCGAAUAAAAAUAAUAGCAACCCACGCAGCUCUGGCGGACGUGGCCCGGGAAGCGGACCAGGAAGUGGAGGCGGAGGUUCCAAUCGUGGUCAACCAGCUGGCUAUGGACGCAGAAUUGGUCGUGUUGUGAACAUGGACGACUGUAACAUUCCCGGAGGCGGAUGAGCGCGGUAAAGUGGUGCUUUAACGUUUAAAGCAUCACAGUGCCUUGAAUGAGACGAAUGUCAAUGGACUUGUUCCUUUUUUGACGAAAAUUCUCUAAACCAUUACGUUGGCGGGUAUUUUCCGACGUGACAUUCGUUCUCAUUUGCUCCAAUUAAUUUUUUUUUUAUGAUAAAUCGAUCACUAAUAAAAACCAAACGGGUAACGGAACGUAUGGUCAUUUACUUUGUACAUCAUCGAGUCACAAUAAAACCACAAUCGAAUCUAAUUUAUUUGGACAUAAAACCAAAAUUUUAUUAUCUCGCAAUCGGAGAGAUUAUUUUUUUUUUUUUGGGAGAAUGCGAGGGAGAAAUUUCACGAAAGGAGCAACAAGUCCUGAUUUCUCUCACGUUCGCGACAAUUUGGAUUUCGACAUGAAAUGCGGCAUGUAGUGUUUAUACGGGGACACGACAUAUAGAAUCUUCCUCCAAGAAAGACAUAAACAGCGAGCUGUCAUCCAUAUUCUAGGCCAGUCAUGCGCAAUGGGCGGCAGGAGGAAUCGUAACCCUGGAAAAGAAUGUUGGAAAGUGUCUCGUGCUUUUUGAUUUCAGAGUCGGGAAUGGGAUUAAAAGGCGCAUUUGAACUUUGAUUGGAUCCUUUCAGUGAAAUAUCGACCCUCGUUUUUUUUUUUUUGAAUAAAUUUUUAUGACCAAAA